AUGGUACCCAUCCCCGGAUUCCACCGCUCCCAGCCCUCCCCGCCCCCAGCAACCAUCCUCUCGUCCUGGUUCCCGCACAUCCGCCUCCCCCUCAUCAUCUCGGCGCCGAUGCUCGGCGUCAGCAACGGCGCCCUCGCCGCCGCCGUCAGCAAGGCGGGCGGUCUCGGCGUCGUGCCGGGGGGCUACGACUUCAGCCCGGGCAGCGCCCACCUGACGGCCCUGGCCGCCGAGCUGGCGGCCGCGCGCGCCGCCCUCGGCCUCGCCGACCGCACCCUGACCCCCCUGCCCCUGGCCGUCGGCCUCAUCCUGUGCCACGGCGAGAGCGCCGGCCGCUUCGCCGACGCGGCCCUGCCGCUGCUGCAGGAGCACAGCCCCCAGGCCGUGUGGCUGUUUGCGCCGGACCCGGGCGCCGACGUCGACGCGCAGCGCGAGAUCGUGGAGCUGCUCCGCCGAUCCGGGUUCACGGUCAUGAUCCAGGUAGGCACGGUCGGGGCCGCGAGGAAGGCCGUCGAGGACGGCGCCGACGUGAUUGUGGCCCAGGGGGUGGAUGCCGGGGGCCACCAGUUCGCGCGCGGGGCCGGGGUGGUCAGCCUUGUUCCCGAGGUGCGGUCUAUGCUGGAUCGGGAGUUCCCUGGGAAGCGGGUCGUUGUUGUUGCCGCGGGCGGGAUUGUGGAUGGGCGAGGCGUCGCGGCUGCUUUGGCUCUUGGGGCCGAGGCAGCGGUGAUGGGAACCAGGUUCAUUCUUUCCAGGGAGUCGUUGGCUCCUGAUUACCGCCGCCAAACUAUUACAGAGGCCGUGGAUGGAGGAGUCUCAACUAUCAAAUCUACCUUCCAUGACGACGUCCAAGGAACGACAUUAUGGCCGAGCCUAUAUGAUGGGCGAGCACUCAUCGGGAAAUCAUACCAGGAUCACGCUGCCGGCGUCUCCUUGGAGGAGAACGCCACAAAGUUUAAGGAGGCGAAGGAGCAAGGUGAUAAUUCGCGGAUGAUCACAUGGUCUGGAACUGGCGUUGGACUUGUCAACCAGGAUCUCCCAGCGGGAGAUAUCGUGAGGGAGGUGAGGGAAGCCGCUAAGAAACGGAUCCAGGAGAUACAGGCAUACGUAUGA